UGUUGACUCAGUCUUGAUGCUGCAGCAUCGAACAAUGGGACUCAGAUGAACCUAUCCCACAGUCAGAACUGCUGGCCAGGGUAGCUGGAAAACAUGGGCUGCUCUGUCUUCUGUCUGACAGGAUAGACAAAGAAGUCCUUGAUGCAGCAGGGUCCAACCUAAAAGUCAUCAGCACAAUGUCUGCAGGAUUUGACCAUCUUGCUCUGGAAGAAAUUAAGAAACGUGGGAUCCGUGUGGGAUACAUCCCGGACAUACUGACAGAUGCUACUGCUGAGCUUACAGUAGCUUUGCUCUUAGCCACGUGUCGCAGGCUGCCAGAAUCAGUGGAGGAAGUGAAGAAUGGUGGCUGGACAACAUGGAAGCCCUUCUGGAUGUGUGGAUAUGGGCUAUCUGAUAGCACUGUCGGGAUCAUAGGGCUGGGAAGAAUAGGACAGGCAGUGGCACGCCGUCUAAAGCCGUUUGGGGUCAAGAGAUUUCUAUAUGCUGGACGCCAUCUGAAACCAGAGGGUGCUGCAGAGUUUGAAGCUGAAUUUGUUCCGCUCACUAGGCUAGCAGAGGAGUCGGACUUUGUUGUUGUGACCUGUUCCCUAACUCCUGAUACAGCAGGAUUGUGCAACAAGGAUUUCUUUGGCAAAAUGAAGAAAACAUCAGUGUUCAUCAACACGAGCAGGGGAGCUGUGGUGAAUCAGGAGGACCUGUACCAAGCCUUGGUCAGUGGCCAGAUUGCAGCUGCUGGUCUGGAUGUCACAACCCCGGAGCCACUGCCUACAGAACACCCUCUUCUUUCCUUGAAGAACUGUGUGAUUUUGCCUCACAUUGGAAGUGCCACCUAUGCUACUAGGAGCACCAUGUCUGUGUUGGCUGUCAACAACCUCCUGGCUGGUUUGAAAGGGGAAAGCAUGCCAAGUGAACUCCAUUUAUGAAGGAAAGCCAAACAACAUCACCUGCUGAGCAAGGUCAUAACUUCAAAGUAACCUGGAGAAACUUAGCAGAUCCUGACCUGUUUAACCCUAAAGAUCUAUGUGUCUGUGUCAUCCUGCAAAUUAGAAAAUAAUAAACAAGGCUUGAAUAACAA